AUGGACAGCCCCGACACCACCGUCCAGGUCAGCGGCUGCGGCGGGCGCGUGCUGCUGCUGCCGUUCCCGGGAAUGCAAGGCCACGCCAACCCGAUGCUGCAGCUCGGCCGCCGUCUAGCCUACCACGGCCUGCGCCCCACCCUUGUCCUCACCCGCCAGCCAAAGUUUUCCAAAUCCAAUGGUCGUUUAAAGAAAGUAAUAAACGAGGCGGAGAAUUCACGAGGCAAAAUAAUUCUCUUCAUCGACGAGAUGCACAUGCUGAUUGGUGCCGGUAGCGUCGGUGGCCCAUGGGGAACCAAUGAUGCUGCCAACAUGCUGAAGCCGGCGUUGGCUCGUGGUCGUAUCCGUUGUGUGGGCGCGACGACUUUUGAUGAUUACCGCAAGUACAUUGAGAACGAUGGUGCACUCGAACGACGGUUCCAGAAAGUGCAUAUUGCAGAACCGAGCAUGCAGGCGACCAUUGCCAUUCUGCGGGGCAUAAAGCAGCAGUAUGAACAGCACCAUGGCGUGGAAAUCCAAGAUGCCACUGUUGCUGCUGCUGCACAGCUUGCUGGACGCUACAUCACUGGUCGUCAUUUUCCUGAUAAGGCUAUUGAUCUGAUUGAUGGGGCGUGUUCUACUGCAAAAAAAAUGAUGCAGAUUGACAAUCAAGACGAGGAAGUGGACGCUGUGAAGAAAACAAUCAUUGUUAUGCCAAAUCAUGUCGCGGAAGUUGUGAGCCGAUGGACCGGAAUUCCUGUCACUGCGCUUGAUCAAGAUGAGAAGGACAGGUUAAUCCACCUAGCGGACAGACUUCAUGAGCGAGUUGUUGGCCAGGAUGAAGCGGUAAAUCUGGUUGCAGAAGCAGUGGUACGUUCCAGGGCUGGCCUUGAUCAUCCUGGCCAACCCAUAGGAUCAUUCCUCUUCUUAGGAUUGACUGGUGUUGGAAAGACAGAGCUUGCAAAGGCUCUUGCGGAGCAACUAUUUGGCAGCGAGAAGACGAUGGUUCGCAUUGACAUGUCUGAAUAUGUUGGGUCUGGAGCUGUGGCACGCCUCAUUGGAGCAGCACCAAGCUGCAUUGGCUAUGAAGAUGCUGGACAACUGACUGAACAAGUGAGGAGGCGCCCAUACAGUGUCGUCCUUUUCGAUGAGGUGGAGAAGGCAGAUGCCUUGGUGCUGAAUGUUUUUAUUCAACUCCUUGACGAUGGUGUGUUGACUGAUGGCAAAGGACGGACCGUAGAUUUCAAGAAUACUAUCAUCAUCAUGACCUCAAAUCUAGGAGCAGAGCACCUAACUGCAGGAAUGGCUGGAGAAAGCACAAUGGAAUCUGCAAGGGACCUUGUGAUGAAGAAGGUUUGUGAAUACACUACAGGAAUCCGGCAAUAUGCCGACGGCCUACGGCCCUCGGCGUAG